AUGUUUCUGGCACGUGGCCAUCCUCAUAUUGUCACACUCCAUGACACAAUUGAAGACAGAAGGGCUGUUCACCUUGUCAUGGAGCUAUGCAAAGGCGGAGACCUCUUCGAUAGGAUCACAAGUCGUGGGCCAUACUCAGAGCCAACCAGUGCCAAGCUCUGCCAAGCCCUCUCCCACGCCGUGCUACAUUGCCAUUUAAGCGGAAUCGUACACCGCGACAUUAAACCUGAAAACAUCCUCCUUAUGGACGCUUCAGACGACACUAAUAUAAAGCUCGCAGACUUCGGAGCAGCGGCUUUUGUGACGGAAGGGGAGAUGAUAACAGAGGUGGUAGGGACACCAGAGUACAUGGCACCUGAAAUGUGGGGAGCAGUUUUUUAUGAUACCAAUCGACUAAUCUCUGCACCACGGGAGCAUGAAGUGGAAUACAAUUCGGCAGUGGAUGUGUGGAGCAUGGGUGUGGUCAUGUAUGUGGCAAUGAGUGGUGUGCCGCCUUUCUGGGCUACAGCAGAGCGCACUGUAGCUGAAGCAGUGCUUACGCGGCCGGUGGUUUUCCGACCGGCCAAGUGGGGAGGGGUGUCGGAGGAAUGCAAGGAGCUUAUAGCGAGGAUGCUGGAGAAGGAUUGGAGGAAGCGCAUCACUCCUGCAGAAAUCCUUGAGCAUCCAUGGAUUGUGAAGCAAGUGCACAGGCACCAAUGA